UCCCCUCCCCAGCGAUGCAACCAUGCUCUUCCUACUCCUCUACCUACACAGCGCUCUUGCGCAAAACAGGCUGAUGCUGUUCGGCACGGACAACCCGUGCAGCGGCCGAGUGGACAUCCACGACGGAGGGCAGUGGAAGCAUGUGGGCAACAAGGGCUGGACAGACACCAACAGCCAGGUGGUGUGCAAGAGCCUCCGUUGUGGCGAAGUUCACAACACCAUCACAGAGUACAUAGACGACCGCAACCUCCACGAGUCAACUUGGGCCCAAAACCUCCGGUGCUCUGGAAAAGAGGAAAACCUGUGGACAUGUGGUCAUGACAAGACUUCCCAAGCACUUCCCAAGCAACAUGUAUACGUCACCUGCUCCAAAAGACCAAAGCUUAGUCUGGAUAAACAAAGAUGUGCUGGAUUCGUGAAGCUGACAACAGACAGAGAUUACACAUUGUGUGCUGCUGAUGAAAGUGCUAAACAGCAGAUUGGAGAGAAGGUGUGUAAAGAACUCAACUGUGGUGAACCUACCUCAAGUCCAAACCCCCUUGUCUGGGGAGGGGGAUUGGAUAAGACGAAAUAUAACUGUGUGGGUGAUGAAAAAUCCCUCUGGCGGUGUAUUGACUGGUCUUCAUCGGGCACAUGUGUAGAACCAGUCAGUGUCACCUGUACACACCAUUUCCACUUCCGUCUAAGGGGAGACAAAUCACACUUGUGCUCAGGGGACCUACAAGUGUUUGGAAGUGGAGAGAAGUGGGAGCCCGUGACCAGUGAGAGCUUUACCAAAAAUUUCACAAACUGGAGUCCCAAAGACAUCUGCGAUCAGAUGGACUGUGGAGGAGAUGGCAGUCAUAAGAUCAAUGGUGGCAAAGUUUCUCUUUCCUGCUCAGAUAAUGUCACCAUGGCACUAGAAGGUGGCACAUGCCAUGGGACCAUCUACUUACAGAGAAACACUGAAAAGACGGCAGUAUGUUAUGCUGAUGAAAAGAUUGGUCAAAUAGCAUGCAAGGAGAUGGAAUGUGGUGGGUUUAUUAAAACUUACCAAAGGCCCAUAUCGGGUUACGGGUGGAAAUUGUCUUGCAAAGACCAUGCUCAGUCCUUGUGGCACUGCCAAAGAUCGCAAGCCUCAUGUGGCCAACAAUCGCAAGCCAUCAUGUGCUCAGACAGCUACAAGGUGCGCCUCCGCGAUGGUCUGGACGAGUGCUCUGGGAGGGUGGAGGUGCAGUACCAGGGCAGCUGGAGGAAGGUUCAGAAGACGAGGUGGGACAAAGGGCUCUCUGACCGAGUGUGCAAAGAUUUGGGGUGCGGUGAAUCCCAUAAAGACGGCAGUGGCAUUUUUAUCGAUGGGACCGACGAUAACAAACCACAUCUACAGUUGACUGAGAAGUGCGCAAAAAAUGUCCAUAUCCUUAAGUGCCUGACUGAGAGCACUUCGCAACAGAAGAAGGAAUUCAUUGAUGUUAUUUGCCAAGGUCAUCAUCUGUUUUUUGUGAGGGGGAAUAGCCACUGCUCAGGAACAGUAGAAGUCGAACAGGCAGGUGUGGUGUCCCUCCUCUCCGGAGAGCCAGAGAGCUGGGACGACGCUGCUGCUAAGCACGUCUGUGAAAGGAUGCACUGUGGUGGCCUGAUCUCCCACAGCUCCAAGAACCAAACCACCGAUCGUUUGAUGCAACUGAGCUUGAAUGACACGUCAGGUCGUAGAUAUACACUGCAACAAGCCAGCGCAAACAGCGGAAUGGUGGCCACUGUGAAUUGCGCUGGCAAUGUAUCCGUGAUGCUGAAAAACAACCGCAAAGGAAGCAAGGAAGCGACCAAAGACAGGUGCUGGGGAUACGUCGAGGUGUGUCGCGGGGGAAAGUGUGGAGGGGUGUGCCGAGACGUGUGGAAGCACUCUGAGAAGCUGUGCUCCAAACUCGGUUGUGGGCGACCUGUGAACACGAACCAGGAUCCAAGGCAAAGCAUGGAGAUGAACUUGGUCUUCAACAGCAUUCACUGCCCUGACAGUGACAGUGUGUCCGAUCUGGGGACCUGCACAGGGGUCUCGUACAAUCAUUCGUGUACAAAGGCGGCCUAUGUCACUUGUUCAGGUAGUCUCAUGGCCAAGCUGGACGACCCUCGUGACAAAUGUGCUGGCAAUGCAAAGGUGUACCUGGAGGGCCAGUGGCUACCUCUCUGCGGCUCUGUGGAGAAGGACAUUCAAAACUCGGUCUGCAAUGACGUGGGCUGUGGUGUAGCAAGCAGUCUAACAAUGGCCACUCCUGACGAGUCCUCACAAGGACUGACUGUCACAUGUGAAAAGGGUUCCAUGUCUAUGGAAAGCUGCACGACAAUACAGUACAAUACCGCUCAGUGUUCCAAGGUUGCCAAAGUCAAGUGUUCAAGCUGGCGUCGUCUGGUGGUCUUCUCCAGGAAGAGCUAUUGCGAUGGACCAGUGUCUGUCAAGACAGACAGCAAUCUCUUCCCCGUCCCCUCCCAUACCUGGGGGGAGAACAGCACCGAGGCCAAGUCGCUCUGCAGCAACCUAGGCUGCAGCGGGCCGGGGACAUUCUCCAAGAAUGAUACUCGAUUCAACCAGUGGUGGAACAAGACCUACAGCUGCCAGUCCCAGAACAUCUGGGAUUGUGAGAGAGAAGCACAGGAGAUACACCAACAGCAGCUGUACGUCCAUUGUGAAGGACAAAAGCAGGUGACAUUGUCUGACGAGUGCUAUGGGGAGGUGAUGAUCGACAGCGAGAAAGUCUGCUCCAACGGAUGGACUGACAAAAUGUCAGAAAUGGUCUGUGACAAUCUCAGAUGCGGGGCUCAAUAUUCCUACAAGUCAAAUUCUUCAUCCGGUGAUAAGCUACGCCAGUUCGACUGCACUGGUGAGGAGGCCAGACUCAUGCAGUGCUCAUCAUGGACACCAAAGGUCUGCAGUGGUGGCGGAGCCGUGUCUGUGAUGUGUAGAAACGCUUUCAACUUCAGUCUGACUCACCAUUGUGGUGGACAGUUCAGGGUGUUUCAACACGGAGAAUGGCAGGCUGCAUGUGUGAACCUGAAUGACGGUCGAAAGACGGCCAACCUGCUUUGCCAAAAGUUGAAAUGCGGAAAUUACAACAGCAGCAAGGAACAUCACGGCAAGCCAGAAUCCCAGAAAACUGGCAUCCAAACUGUCCUUUCCUGUCAAGACAAGACCGAGCUUGAGCGCUGCGUCCAACGGCUCAGUUGUGGUUCUGGUUACGAGAGGGAGAUAUAUUGUGAUGGUUUCGUGGACAUCUUCCCUCCUCCCGAACUCCCGAUCAAUCUGAUUGUUGGAGUCACAGUGGGUCUGCUGCUGCUGGUGAUCAUCAUUGUCCUAGUGCUUUGGCAACGAAAACGCAUAACAAAGCUGCUGCGCGGUUUGUCCCGGACUACAACAACCGUCACCAGCGAAGAUAUUGAGCAGCCAGAAAUUGUUAGCCUGAAGGAUGGCAUCGAAAUGAGGUUGCAGAAUCAAGCCAACGGGCGAGAGAAGGUUCCGGAUAGCCAGAGCCAGGUAUCCUCUGAGUAUGAUGACGUGGCCGAGGACAGCCAGAUGGAAGUGGCCAGUCCUGUAACCAGCCAGGAUGAGGACGCUCCACCUCUGCCAGAACGUGACAUGGAGCAGGACGGCGAGAGCGAUGACGAUGACGAUGACGAUGGCGAUGACGGGGAGGGUUAUGACGAUGUGGCUGAACCAGAACCAGCCAUUGAAGAGGAGGAGGAGGAGGAGCGGAGGGCCCUGCCACCAUCACCGCUACAGGAGACCAGGGCGCUCCUGGAGGAGGAAGAAGACUACAUCGAGCCAGACAACGACCCGUGACCAGAGGUUGAGGAGGAAGUGGUUUAGUUUGUCACACAUACUGUAGGUUCCUCAGAAAACUUGUAGGGCAGUGGUUUUCAACUUUGGGGUGGGGGGACCCAAUAUGGAGUCGCCUGGAAUUCAAAUGGGGUCGCCUGAAAUGUCUAAUAACAUCAGGCUAAUUAAUUAAUAUUCUGAUGGAAAUGCCACAUUCACUCUUACACAUUUUCAGAAAUAUCUACAGGUUUAAUAGCCUACAAGUUAGCUCAGUCUUUUUUUUAGUCAGGUAAAAAAUAUGUGUAUGGGGCCCGGUCCCCAGAAAUUUGUGGUGUCAAAAUGGGUCCCGAGCCAAAAAAUGUUGGGAGCCACUGUUUUAGAGGUUCCUCCUCAGUGGCAAACUUAAGGUUCUUCAGUAUGGUAUGAGGAGGAUAAGUAGAAGGAGCAGGCUGAGGAAGAGGAAGAGGUUGAUGAGGAGUAGGUAGUAGGUGGAAGAGCAGGUGGUUAUAUGUUUCAUAUUCUUGAGGAAAUAAAAGUUGUGUAUCAAUUUGAGUAUCCGGCAGGUUUAACCCCAAGUCUUUGGGCCACAAUAUUUAGCCACUCCAAAAACUUCGAACCUUAAAGCUUCAGUUAUCAUAAUAUCUUUUAAAAAUUGCGUUAAGAAAACCUGAGAGAAUGAUAUAGCUUGCAGAAUGUAUAAGACCAGCUACCUGAGAGUGGCUACGUAUUUUUUUUCAUGUAAAAUACACAUAUUGAAAAUUUUGGGACUCACCAAGCAAAUGCAAUAUAUUUCUUGACAUUUAAUGAACAUACAUUUGUUUGUCCAUGCUGGGUAAGCUAAUUUACUGAAUGGGUUUCCCUUGUUACAGUUUUUUUAAAGUAUUUUUUGGGGGGCUUUUCAGCCUCUAUUGGUUUUUGUGAGACAGGAUAGUGAAGGAGAGACAGGAAGUGAGAUGGGAGGGAGAGAUGGGGAAGGACCGGCACAGGACCCGAACCGGGAAUCGAACCCGGGUCGACUGAGUGGUAAACAUGUGCCCUACCAUAUCAGCCACGGCAGGGCCCCCUUGUUACAGUUUUUAACAGGUUUUAAUAUGCUCUAAAAAAAGAAAAAAAAGAAAAAAGACAAAAAAACAUAUAGUUUGAGGAAUAGACCUGAAAUCGUGUUUUGAUUUUGACAUGUAAAUACUGAGAUAUUUAGUUCCUUAAAAUUUAAUUUUCUUAUACAUAUAGAGUAUACAGUAUUAUAUAGCAUGUAAUUGUUAUGUGUAGGUUGAUGCGGACAACCAACAUGUUAAAUCAUGUAGCUAUGUUGCUCUUACAUGAUCCAGUGUUUAUUAAAGUGACCACAGUCUACAACAAAACUCAAGUAGACAUGUUUUAACUAAACCGCCUUUGUACUAUGUGCAAUCUAGCCACACAAUAUUUUGGAGCAGAGUAUAGCAGUUACUGUAUACUGUGUUUUACUUCAAAUAUUGGUACAUAAUGGAGGAAUUAGCUAUUAACAAACUGAGAAAAAUCUCUGCAUAAUAUGUAGGUGUAUAUUACUUAGUGACAUUAGAAUCAGACAUUUUGUUUCAUUUUGCAUUAUUCUUUUUUGCUCUAUGACAUAGCUCUAUGCUGUCUUAAUUUUUUAUUUGUAAAAGUACAUAAUCAUGAAAACUGCACACAAUACAAGCAAACAGAUGUAAUUCUAAAACUAUUUUACAUAGAAGAAUCAUUUUCUUAUUUUGACCAAUGAUUUUCUUUUAUAUUCCAAAUAAUCCUCAAGCCUUUGUAGCCAUAUUAUGCCUGUGGUUGCAGUCACGGUCAACAUGCUUUACAACAGAAAAAUACAUUUCCUGUCAGCGAAUGUCAGAACAUCCAACAAAUAAAUAAAAAGCAUUGCAGCUUUUCAGCAUUGACAGUACUGCAGCACCGCUGUAGCAUUGGAGUAAUGUGAUCUUUUAGAGAGAGGGGAGAGGGAACUUUAGUCUGGGUGGUUGAGCAAGAGCGAGGGUGAAGUGGUUCAAGCACACUUGUACCAGAGGGCAAGGCAAGCAGCUGUGCCACACUGAUCACUCUAGAACACUCCAGAACACUCUGAGAAUCUCUUAAUUGGCCUGAGGUCCAGUGCUUCCCACCCAUCUUGUCAAGUGCAGAGUAUUUUUCAAAGCAGUUGUCAGUUGUAACCAAAAAACUAAGCACUAUGUCAAUUAUUUUUUUGUAUAACACAGGCAUUUUUAUAUUACAACAAAACUAAUCUUUUAAUAAUGGUAUGUAAAUAGAAAGCUUCUGUUGAUUUACAGUUUUUUAAAUGUCGCAAGUGCUUAUUAUCUUAAAGCCUUAAAACGCAAAUAAAUUGCUGAUGUACUGAUAUACUGAUAUUUUACUCACAAAUAUUUUCAUGUAAUGUUUUACACUGUUUCUUAAUUGUUCCAACCAAAAAAAUAAACA